AUGUACGGGCUAGCAGACUAUACUGCUUGGAAGCACACCUAUGGAGGUAACAAGACUUUUACCGUAACUGAGUUCACUGGGCAACCUAAAAUAUACGAGGACAAAUUUCCAAUAUUUGAUGUUACGGAACUAGUAGUCUUCCUUCCCAAGAGUGAUAGUACCAACACACCUCCCCUUGUCUAUGUCAGCAGUGAUGGCGGAAGGACUAAGAAGUGGUACAGUGGGAAAGGUCAUAAGUUGUAUAAGAAUAAGUAUGGAAAUGGCUGGGUAGAGGAGAAUGGACUAGGAAGUAAUUAUCCAAAUGUACUUGAUAAUCUUCUUAAAACUACUCUGGAGAUCGCUAAACAGCAAGUGCUAAAACGUUCUGAACGUGAAGGUACUGGAGUAUCAGUGUUUCCGGAAGACUCUGAAGAAGAAAAAGAGGAAGAUGAUAAAAAAACUGUUUCUAAACUUACUGUUCCUGCUUCUGAUCUUGGUGAUGAAGCCAAAGAAAUCCCUGGUAGACCUGGACCACCUCUUCCCCAAGAACCUCAACAAUCUGCUAGAAAUUCUAACUCUGACUCUCAUGAAACACAAGAUAGUGUUGUUAAAUCCACUGUAGAUACUCAACAACAAUCUAGUGCUGGCACAUCUGUCCUAGCUACUAAUCAAUCUGACCUAACUGCUGGUAUUCAAGGUGGAUCUCUUACUCCUGCUCAAAUGGCUACUGAACCUCCUGUUGCUGAAGAAAAAGAAUCCCAACCGAAAACAGCUGAAGAAAGAGAGAGUGAAGAUAAUUCUAGAGGUAGUGAUGGAAUUCGUGAACAUGAAGAAGUUGAGAAGGAUGAACCACUUCGGCUAGGUGCUGAAGUACCUCCACCAACUCCUACUCCUACUGCUUCCUUAGUAACCUAUGGCUCAGGAAUUAUUUUGGAUGAGAAUGUAUACAACACUAUGAAAGACACUAUGCAUGGGUAUGCCUCUGCUGUUGAAAUUAAUGAGACUAAAUACAAACCAAACGUUUUAGAUUAUACAAUUAACCCUAAUCCCACGAUCUACGGAUACUUGGAACCUGAUGAUACUACUACCAUUGUUGGGGAAUCCCCGGAUAAAACCGUUAUCACUGAUAGUUCUCUUGUCGAGUUUUCUUAUGAUUCUAAUCCAUAUACUAUAGAAGGGACUAAACAAAAGUAUUGCGUUGAGGAACGUGGUGACCCUAUGGAACACGCUACACAUGGACUUACGAGACCUCCUGUUGAAAUCAAUGUACCCUCUGAAUCUCAAACUCAUGCUUCUCAAAAAGCUUCAGCUCUAUCCACAUCCUCAGUCUCUCUACACUCUCCAAACUCUAAUCAAGAUAUUAUUAAGACUACCAUCUCUGUAACUACCGGCAUUCUUGUUACUUCUGCCUUGGCUUGCUUUGCAGGAUGGAAACUUUACAAACGUUUUAAAGGAGACCCUUGGGUUAGACACGGAUAUCCUAUAGAGUUUUUAAGGAAUGUACCAUAUUGA